AUGGUCACGUCCCACGCCUCCACGUCGGCGCUUGAGGGACGCCCAGGCUUCGGCACCGUGUUUGCCGCUUUUCUGGGCGACGAAGUGGGACGAACUGAGGUCUUCAUGGCCUCGGGCACCGAGGAGGGCGUGGCCAAGAGCCAGGACCGCGCCGCGCGGGGCGGGGGGCCGGGCCUCGGGCCCGCCAGGGCGGGCCCCCGGGCUCCGGCGCGCUUGGCGGAGGAGCUGAUGCAGAAGUACCUGUGGGACUCGCCCCGCAACCCGCAGGCCCAGCUGUGCGCGGGGCUCCUGCGGUCCCUGCAGGACGGCCAGGCUGGGGCCCCCGGCCCGCUCCCGCCAGGGACCGACCCGGCCGUCGCGGCGCUGCUGCAGUCGAUGACCGCGGCGUCCGGAGCUGCAGGAGCAUCGCCCUCGGCUGCUGGCCCAGAUAUGGCUGCCCUUCUGAGCUCCCUGGGCGCUGGCCAGGGCGUGUCCUGA